CGUUGACAACCGGAACAGACGUUCUGCUUCACGCAUCACGUUCCACCUUUGCGACAUGCAAGAGUCUAAUACUCCAGGGUCCAGAGCAUCCUUACCUGAAGUGCAAGGUCAGGGCAUUUCGCGCACAAGACAUGCGCAACUCAAAUCGCGAGGCAGCCGUCGACAUGCCUGUGAUCGCUGUCGUAGGCAGAAAUUAAAGUGUGAUGUUGAAAAGCCAUGCUCUCUAUGCAUCCGGUCUGGCUUUCUCUGCGAGACAACAUCAGCUCCGUUGCGAAAGUCUAAAAGAUCUGCAAAAAGUAUGGAUAGGCGGCGCAGCAGCGUACAACGCAUGCUGUCUGAUAUUCCCGCAUCCUCAAGGUCCAGCCCCCGAACUCUCGAUACUCCUCGAGGGUCGUUGAACAGGGCUCGGACAGAUAUCCCUUCGGACACUGGCAAGCAGCCUGAGCCUCCCUAGCAGCCACAUAGAUAUGCCCAAGCAUCUGCAGUGGAAUUGACCGAUGAGGUAUUUUGUUGUUUUCAGUUAUGCAUUUUGCUGAGCACCUAUUACCUCUACAAUGGCAAUAUGCUUUUGUGCCUUAUACUAGGG